AUGAGUGGCGCGCGCGGUGCGGGGGGAGUACCGACGGUUUCUGGGAAUUCAGUCGCCAUGGAGCGUUUCACCGGUGCGGACCGUGCAUUUUGUGUGCGCGAGUUUUAUCGAAACAAUGAUUCGGCUACCAUUGCGCGGCGUAAAUUUCGAGAAUAUCAGAAUUUACGCAACUUUAAAGACAUUCCAAGUGUUCAAACGAUUAAGAACUGGGUUAUUAAGUUCGAAGAGAGUGGUUCGACGUUGGAUAAACAACGGUCAGGUCGACCAAGGACAUCACGGACGGAAGAAAACAUCGAUGUAGUGAAACACUCAAUUCGUGAAAAUCCUACCCAGUCUACUCGUAAGCGUUCCAGUGCAUUAAACUUAACCAGAACAUCGUUACAGCGAAUUUUAAAGAAAGAUUUACAUCUUCACCCGUACAAGAUUCAGUUAGUACAGGAAUUAAAAGAUACUGACACUAUCCACAGACUAAAUUUCGCAAAUGAAAUGUUGAACCGCUUUACUUCGUUUAAUAACGUGUUAUUCUCUGAUGAGGCUCACUUUCACAUCAACGGCCAUGUCAAUAAGCAAAAUUGUCGCUACUGGAGUUGCGAAAAUCCAAAUCGCAAACAUCAAAAGCCCUUACAUAGCCCUAAAGUGACAGUUUGGGCGGCUAUGUCAGCGCAUGGCAUUAUAGGCCCUUACUUUUUUGAGGACGGCAGAGGCCGCGCGCUUACUGUUACUUCACAACGGUAUGUAGCUAUGAUCCAGGACUUUUUUACACCAGAGUUGCAGAAUUUUCCAGGCUUCAAUACGCGGACCUGGUUUCAACAAGAUGGAGCAACUGCCCAUACCUCUAACGUCGCUAUGCCGGUCGUCCGUCAACUUUUCCAUAAUAAAGUGAUCUCUCGAAGAGGAGAUAUUCCUUGGCCACCACGUAGUCCAGAUCUGACCCCAAUGGACUUUUUCUUAUGGGGUUAUCUUAAGGCUAAAGUGUACGAAACCAACCCGCGGACAAUUGACGUCCUGAAAGAAAAUAUCCAAAGAGAAAUGGCAAACAUUACAGAGCUUACUUGCCACACAGUGAUGGAUAAUUUUAAACGUCGCUUACAGGAGUGCCGCGAUCGUAACGGAUUACAUUUAGAUGAUGUAAUUUUCAAAAAAUAA